GAAUACACCAAGAUGAUUCACGUGCUCCAGUCCUACUGCAUCAUCUCUACAGGGGUUCGUAUCACCUGCACCAACCAGACAGAACAGGGCAAACGCACCCCGAUCCUCUGCACCAGCGCCACGACAGUUAUUUUACAUCAACAACCCUCCGUGUGAUCCUUCUAAGGUUUCCAAGCUUGUGAAUGAAGUGUAUCACACGUUUAAUAGACAUCCAUUUGAUGCAUUGAACAUCACUGUUGCCUCAGAGUGUGUGGAUGUGAACGUCACUACAGACAGGAGUCAAAUCUUUCUCCAGGAAGAGAAGCUUCUGCUAGCCAUCAUGAAGAGCUCUCUCAUCGCCAUGUACGAGACUGGAGUCAACAAGAUCAGCCUCAACCAUACAUCCUUCCCCAUGACCAGUAAGUAAACACACUUUUUGGCUGCUUGUUCUCAUGCCAACAGUUAUUCAUUUAUUUAUUUAUCCUUCAUUUAUACAGGUGAAUAUACAUGUGUUUCAAGGGACACCUGCUUCAAUCCGAAGGUUUGCUGUCAUCCUGCUGUGUUUCAUCGGUUUUAAUUAAUGUUGAGUUUGACCUUUUCUCUAUGUUCCUACAGACCAGCGGAGCCUCCGUCUGAAAUGGAAGGUUGUCAGGUGGUUCCAUCAUCUGAGAUGACGGCUCCCAAAGCUGGAUAUUAUUUUGAACCUGUGAUUCCAAGUCCCAGAUCAUCUCUCAAUCUGGCUGGCUUAAAAACUGCUAUGUCCAUGCACAACAGCCAGGCACUGGGGCUAAGUCGAACACUACAAAAGUUGCUAACACUGGUCCAACCCAGAAUAAGCUGCAGUCUUUCUUUGGAGGCUCUGAGAAGAGUCAGAACACACACAGGCCAAGUUUACAAUCAGUUUGGAAAUCCAGUCAAGGUGCAGUGA